GAAGAAAUACACAUGCGUAGAUGUAUUUUUGUAAACGUGACUAUAAACGCCUACACCAACUACAUGUUGCAUCUGAAACAGAAUUACUUUUAAGAUUUUCAGCACACACUCGUGAUGAUUAAAAAGCGCAUCAUGUAUAUAAUAGCGUGUCAAGGUACACGCUUAACCGCUGAGAAAUAACGUUAACUGCUACAAUGGCGAUAUGUAAACAAGAAAAUCCACAACCGGAGACCACCCACACGCUGAAGGAGCCUGAGAGGAGAGGGAGUUGAAGCGGAGGUGGGAGGAGGACGCCAUUGCAGCCGCAGCUGGCCGUCUGUGAUUGGGGAGGGACAAACGUUAUCAAAGUUAACAAUGUCGAGGGGCUUUACAGGACCUUUUCAGGGCUCAGCGCUCAGCUUUUGGGUUAUAUAGAGUGUGAAAACAGGAAAGUAGGAUGGACGGCUUGCCUUCGAGGAGGAGAAAAUGUAGAUCCAAUGCUCCGAACCGAGCCAGUCUCCAACCAUUCCUUCACCUGUCUGGUGGCCCAGCCUCUCACCAUGAACACCAGUAGGAACUGCACCACAGUGGGGAAUGGUGAGGGUUUGGCCGCCUUGGAGUCAAUCUCCAUCGUGACCAUCACACUCCUCGCCUGCCUGGGGAACCUCUUGAUUGUGGUGACCCUCUAUCGCAGGCCUUAUCUGCUCACACCCAGCAACAAGUUUGUGUUCAGCCUGACCCUGUCCAACCUGCUGCUGUCUGUGCUGGUGCUGCCUUUUGUGGCUGUGAGCUCGGCAAAGAGGGAGUGGGUGUUUGGCGUGGUGUGGUGUAACUUCACUGCCCUGCUCUACCUGCUCAUCAGCUCUGCUAGCAUGCUCACCCUCGGAGCUAUUGCCAUUGACAGGUACUAUGCAGUGCUUUACCCGAUGAUCUACCCCAUGAAGAUCACAGGAAACCGGGCGGUCGUCGUCAUUGCCUAUGUGUGGAUACAUUCCUUGGUGGGCUCUCUGCCUCCUCUGUUCGGCUGGUCCUCUUUCGAGUUUGACUGCUACAAAUGGACCUGUGUUGCGUCUUGGCACAGAGAGCCGAGCUACACAGCCUUCUGGGUCAUCUGGUGCAUAUUCCCGCCUUUAUUCAUCAUGCUGGCCUGUUACGGUGUUAUUUUCCGUGUUGCCCGCAUGAAAGCCCGGAAAGUACACUGUGGGACGGUUGUUGUGACCCAGGACGACUCGACUGGAGCUCAGAGGAAUGGGCGUAAAAACUCUAGCACCUCCACUUCCUCUAAUGGAAGCCGGCGGAGCCUCGUGUACGCAGGCAGUCAGUGCAAGGCGUUUGUCACCAUCUUGGUGGUGAUCGGCACCUUCUUCAUGACCUGGGGGCCGUAUGUUGUGGUGGUGUGUACUGAGGCUUUGUGGGGACAAGGGAGCGUGUCUCAGGGACUGGAGACUCUGGUAGCGUGGCUGUCUUUCUGCAGCGCAGUUUGCCACCCGCUCAUCUACGGUCUGUGGAAUAAAACGGUGAGGAAGGAGCUGCUGGGGAUGUGUUUCGGAGAUCGUUACUACAGAGAGUCGUUCGCUACGCGGCAAAGGACGUCCCGCCUUUUCAGCAUCUCCAACAGAAUCACAGACUUGGGUAUGUCCCCACACCUGACAGCCAUGCUGGCUGGUGGAGGGCAUCUGCUGGCCCCAGGGAGCAGCACGGGGGAUACUGGCUUCAGUUUCACUCAGGACUCAUGCACAGAUGUGAUGCUGCUGGAUAACUUCUCCACAGACGGGUCCUCCAUCCCACAGCAGCACGGGAACCUGUCCGGGAAGAGGAGGAGCUCCGUCACCUUUGAAGACCAGGUGGAGCAAGCCAAAGCUGAAAACACCAACACAUCCUCAGUUCAAGUCCAUGCAGAGGUACACAAAUCCCUCGACACCUUCGCCUCCUGUCUGGCGAAGGCUAUAGAGAGCGACGCUAAGCUCACCCUGUUUGGGGAUGGUCUGGCUCUGCCGGGGGGACUAUUCACAACCAGGGCAGCACCCAGACCCAGAUACCUGGACGGGCAGAGACUGAGGCUGGAGAGUAUCGAUGAAGGGAUCGUAAAAGACGACAGAGAUGAUGAUGAAGACGAGCAGGACCUGGAGGAGAAACCAGCCUGAACACAGCAGGUCUGUUCAUUUGUUGGACGUUUAUAGACCAUACUCAGUUCAUUAGUGAGCUGCAGUUCAACGUGACUAUUCAGAGUGGUCUGUGGCGCAGUUUAUGAAGUCUGAUGUCUUCACACGUGGGUACAUACUUGAAAUUAUUAGGAAACAGGAGGAGGCACAUUAUUCAUUCCACUAUGUUGGAUCAAGUGCACACCAUCAGUGUCUCUGCAAGCUUUUAUAUGGAUACAUGUAAUCAAUAGGCAGCCUUAACUACUGUUACCUAAAUUAUGGUAUUGUAGUAAUUUGUUUAUUACUAUGUUUUUAAUGUGCCUCAUAUGAGCUGGAAAGUAGGAAAAAAAUACAGGCGCUUCUAUCUUCCAAAUAAUUUGUAACACAGUAAUCGGAUAAUUUUAAAAUGUCUCUUUAUUACAUUAAAAAAGUAAGUUUCAAGCACAAAUGUUCCCUUACUCAGGUACAAAAAGAGCCAGUUUAUGCUUGGUUGUCAAACAUGUCAGUUUAAAUACUGUACAUAAACAGUAUUGCUCCAUAUCCACUUUGGGCUUUAAUUACCUUAAAUGACAGACUUUGGCUGACGUGAGGCCUUAUUUCUUUCUUUUUCAGACACGUUUGUAAUAUUAAGUGCCAACUCAAAUAUAGUUUUCAGCUAUAAUGAAGACCGGUAUGUUGACUGUGUACAGGGCCUUUUCAGUUAGUAAAAAUACAUUUUAAAGAGAGCAGAGAAGGCUAGCAAGUACUGUGGGUGAUAGUAUCAGUCAGUUAUAGUUUGCCAAGUUAAAGUUGUGUUUUUUCACAGAUUGUUUGAAAUAAUUACAGUUAGCCGAGGGCCUUCACCUGACACUGACUGUAAAUCAUAACUUGUUUACAUUUGAACGACUCCUCUGUUAUAAUUUUGACUGAUAAUCAUGUCGCACAGCAGCAUCUUAAACCAGAGCUCAGUUUUACUCAACCCUUUUUCACAGAAGACAUCUUCAUGUUAUAGUAAAAUAAUCCCAUUCACAGGACUGUGUAAAAAAAAUACAACGAAUGAUGACUAAAUAUAAUUUAGUUGAAUUUAAUUUAUUAUUUCAACGAGAGUGAAUGAGACACUGCAGCACUCGGAGUGUAAGAAGUUUCAUCAUGAUACGAUAUUAUAUUGAUUCUUUUGUUGUCUGCCAGGACACAAUUUAGAUUUGAUUCAAUUCAGGGGCCUGCCAUACAUAUGUGACCGUAUCAUAAACCUAUUUAACACAAUCCACUACAUUUAACUCAAAAAAGCAACUAAAAUAUGAUUUAACAAUUGUAUUACUGAGCUCUUCCAAACAUUUAAAUUGAAAUGAAAAAUGUAUUUAAUAUUUUCAAUAAAAAAGACUAAGUGGGAAUUUCAAAUUUAAAGGCUGCUAUAUAUCAAUAUUGCCUCUUUGCAUCAAUUCUAUUGGACUGUUGAUCAUUAAAUCGAUACAGUCAGCUAGGAAGCACAGCUGGAACCCAUGUUUCAAUAGUGUGGAAAAUUAGUUUAUAAACUAUUUUUUAAAUAUUCAGAAUUUAUGCAAUGAUAAAAUGGACAUCACUUACUGGGACACUGACAUAGACCCCUGAGUUUUCAUGCAUUGACGAGUUCAAAUGUUUGCUGUGAAAAAAGAAAACAGAAAAGUGCCUCUAGGUGUUGACUGAUGUCAACAUCUGGUCAUCUGACUUCUACCGAUUGUGAUAACCCCUCAGUUAUGACCAUAAAUAGCUGUAAAUGUGUAUAGGAGAUGUAUGGAUUUAAGAGUAAAGUGUGUAUUGUAUUUCAUUGUUAAAAGAAAUCCUCAAAAUUAUUACAGUGAUAUAGUUUGUCUAUGUAGCUCUUCACCCUGAUCAUUAUAACAGAUUCCAAAAAGUUGGGACACUGUGUAAAAUGUAAAUAAAAAUUGGUGUAUUUUUAGUAUCAUCAGUUUGAACUAAAAAUAUAUUGUCUUUGGAAAGUUUUCAAUUGAAUAUGUCACAAAGGAUUGUUUUAUUUACUAUUUUCGUUUUGUUUUAGACCACGUCCCACCUUAGGAAUCUGUUGUAACAGAAUCAACAGUUUCAUUGAUCAGAUUCCUGCAGAGUGAGCAAAAACAGGUACAGUCCUGACAUUUCAUUAUUAUCUGCUGCAGUAAUUGCACUUGAACAUGCAGCCUGUGCUUGUUCUCAUAGAAACCACUCGUCAUGUCAGAAGUGUGUUUUUGCAUAUCAUUAAGCAGAAUAUUCAGUGAUGUAGUGAAGACGACAGUAAUAAACGGUAGAUGAACUCCAAAAUUGCUUAAUUUGGAGGCCAACUGUUGUCAGUAUUUUAAGAAUUUUUGGAAAAUUCAUUUAUUUUAACGUGCACCUUCAGAGCAGCACACAGCAAACAUCGGAAAUAAUUUACAAUUUGCUUUAUUGGUUUUUAAAGUUGACAAUAAAUAAGUGUGGAAUUGUCUGAAGGAACAAAUGGUCUUUAUCUCCAGUGUGUCUUAGUGUUAUUGGUACAUGUGGUUUACCUCAGUUUAUACACUCCACGCUCCCUUUAUUAUUAUGAAAGAGGACAUUUGUAAUAAGUAGAGCUUCAGUCUUACCUCGUAUCUUCGUAUUAUGUUUGAACGGUACUAUACAAUGAGAAGUGAUGUAACCUUUUGAUUUUCACUUUACAGUAAGUAAUACAAAUAUUUGCAUUAAAGUUUUGUAUCAAGAUUCCUCUAUUAAAACUUUUUUUUUU